UUGAGCAGAAAACGUGUUUCACCUGGAGUUUGUGGAGCUGCUGCCAUGAGCCAAGGAACGUGUCUGCGCCGCCGCGGGGGGCCGUACAAGACCGAGGCGCUCACGGACCUGACCCGGUGGAGGCUGGAGAACGCCGAGGGCCGACAGACGUGGAGGUUUUCACACGAGGAGGAGGAGCAGAGCGCGUUAGAGGCGCAUUCACUCGGACUGGACACGAGUAAGUUCGUCCCCGCCUCUGCUCCGGCUCUCACGGCCGCGGACUCCGCUCUCAAAGGAAUGAACUUCUACAAACAUCUCCAGGCUGAGGACGGGCACUGGGCCGGAGACUACGGCGGGCCGCUGUUUCUGCUGCCAGGUUUGUUGAUCACUUGUCACGUGGCUAAAAUCCCGUUACCCGAGGAGUGGAAGAAGGAGAUGGUGCGAUACCUGCGGUCGGUGCAGCUGGAGGACGGAGGCUGGGGGCUACACAUAGAGGAUAAGUCGACCGUCUUUGGCACGGCCCUGAGCUACACGGCGCUGAGGAUUCUGGGAGUCGGUCCAGACGACGCAGAUCUGGUCCGGGCCAGAAACAACCUCCACGGCAAAGGGGGCGCUGUGGGGAUCCCAUCGUGGGGGAAGUUCUGGCUGGCCAUUUUGAACGUUUACAGCUGGGACGGACUCAACACUCUGCUGCCUGAGAUGUGGCUCUUCCCGUCCUGGAUGCCCGCUCACCCGUCCACGCUCUGGUGCCACUGUCGACAGGUGUAUCUGCCCAUGAGCUACUGCUACGCCGUACGACUGAGAGCGGACGAGGACCAGCUAGUACUGAGCCUCAGACAGGAGCUGUACACGCAGGACUACAGCGCCAUCCACUGGCCAUCUCAGAGGAACAACGUGGCCCAGUGCGACCUGUACACGCCUCAUAGUACUCUGCUCAACAUCGCAUACACCGUGUUAAAUGUGUACGAGUCUCACCACAGCUCUGCUCUGAGACAGAAGGCCAUAGACGAACUGUACGAACACAUUCAGGCCGACGACCGCUUCACCAAGAGCAUCAGCAUCGGACCGAUCUCUAAGACCAUAAACAUGCUGGUGCGCUGGUCUGUGGACGGCCCGGCGUCGGCGGCGUUCCAGGAGCACGUGUCCAGGAUCCCCGACUACCUCUGGUUGGGCUUGGACGGGAUGAAAAUGCAGGGCACCAACGGCUCUCAGCUCUGGGACACGUGUUUUGCAGUUCAGGCUUUUCUCGAGGCUGGAGCUCAGGACGAACCUUCGUUAACAGAAUGUUUAAAACACGCUCACCACUUCCUCAACAUCACUCAGAUCCCGGAGAACCCCCCCGAAUACAAGAAGUACUACAGACAAAUGAGCAAGGGCGGGUUUCCCUUCAGCACCAGAGACUGCGGCUGGAUCGUGGCCGACUGCACCGCCGAGGGACUCAAGUCCGUGAUGCUGCUGCAGGAGAAGUGCAGCUUUAUCCGUGAUGCUGUGAGCGAGGAGAGGCUCUACGACGCCGUCAACGUGCUCCUGAGUAUGAGAAACUCCGACGGAGGAUUUGCGACGUACGAAACCAAACGAGGAGGAAAACUGCUGGAGCUGCUCAACCCCUCGGAGGUGUUUGGAGACAUCAUGAUCGACUACACGUACGUGGAGUGUACCUCCGCCGUGAUCCAGGCCCUGACCCACUUCCACCGCAAACACCCCGAGCACCGGACGCACGAGAUCAGGUCGACUCUUAAAGCCGGUCUGGAUUACUGCAGGAGAGUGCAGAGGCCCGAUGGAUCAUGGGAAGGUUCUUGGGGCGUGUGCUUCACUUACGGGACGUGGUUUGGUCUGGAGGCGUUGGCGUGUCUGGGUCAUGUCUAUCAGGACAGUGUGGCCCGUGCUGAGGUGGAGGGGGCGUGCCGGUUCCUCCUGUCCCGGCAGAUGGAGGGGGGAGGCUGGGGGGAGGACUUUGAGUCGUGUGAGCAGAGGAAAUACGUCCAGAGCUCCGAGCCUCAGAUACACAACACCUGCUGGGCUCUGCUGGGCCUCAUGGCCGUCAGACAUCCAGACACAGAGGCCAUCGAGAGAGGAGUCCAACUGCUCAUCACCAAACAGCUGCCCAAUGGAGACUGGCCCCAGGAGAACAUCGCCGGAGUUUUCAACAAAUCCUGUGCCAUCAGCUACACCUCGUACAGAAACGUCUUCCCUAUCUGGACUCUGGGUCGCUUUUGUUCUCUGUAUCCCUCCUCUCGUCUCGCCGGCAAAACCAAAAUAUGAAAAAAGUGCAAAUGACAGUUCAGACCACACAGUUCACAGAAAUGUCAUUAUACGGAAGAUUACGCUAAAGAUUUGACCUCGUUUUCCCUGUUACCUAGCAACCAUAAUGUAAACAAGGACCAAAACAUGUCUAAAUUGCACAAUAGUUACGAUUAGAUUCAGAAAAAUAAUAAACGUCUUUAUUUUGUUACACGGACCUGCUCAGCAAAAUCGACUUUUCAUCCAUGUUCUAGUCGUUUCUUCUCGCUGAGCUUCUGAAGUUGUAUUUGGACUGAUUCGUGUUUGAGGAAUUUUUAAUCCACUAUUUUUGAGACGCCAUUUUGCCAAUUUACCCCUGUUUAACCUCCACCUGUACACGCCCACUGUGACACGCCCACUGUGACACGCCCACUGCGACGUACUUACAUCAUUUUCCAGUUUUAUUUUCUUAACUGGUCAUACUCGUAGGAUUCUGCAACUUCGCGUCAUCAUUUUAGUAUUUUUUGCUCGCUAGUGUGACGUGCAUCUGCCCAUAGGGGGCGCCGACAGCACGCGGCGCUUUGUUGUGACAAUGUUUACGCCGACGUCAGCUCCACUGACUUAUUCGGUUUUAAAACUUCCGCUUCACUGAUGUAAAACUACGAUAAAUAUUUAGCAAAGAUUCUGUCCCACCAAACCAAGUCAGAAUGAAGUAGUUUCACUUUCACUUUCAAGAUUUCUAAGUAUAAUAAAUUGAAAAUGAUGAAUAUUUUUGUAAUAUGCUGCUAUCAGAAAGUUUAAGAGUAAAUCCUUUUAUAUUGAA